AUUGUCUUGUUGUCCUUCUGAGCGAUUGCAUAGCACCAGCCGAUUCUAAUCACCCUCGCGCUUGUCGCCUGUCCGUUUGUAUUCACUCAGAGCGUCCUGCGCGCGCGGCGGGCUAAUCACCCUUCGUCUUCUCCAGGGCCAGUCGGGAUUUUUUGACUUGGGAGGAACGAGUGCAGGCGCUUCAGUGGCCCAGUCCUUGCUCGCGUCAAGCAAGUGGCAUCCAAUCCUUCUCAUCGUACAAGUCCACCUUACCGCUAAGCUCACCUACGCCAGUCUUUGCUUCUGCUGAUCAUACGAGCUCGGUAGACAGCGAACGUAAGCGCCGCCCAAUACCUCCUUGCCUUUCUCAACCGCACAAGCAGCUUCAGCCACUACCAUCAUGCGUCCCAUCCUCCUAUCGGGUCACGAGCGAUCGCUCAAUCAGAUCAAGUACAACAGGGAAGGAGACUUGCUCUUCUCCGUAUCAAAGGACAAUGUAGUCUGCGCUUGGUUCUCGCACAAUGGAGAGAGGUUGGGGACAUACGAGGGGCAUAAUGGAACCGUCUGGAGCGUCGAUGUGGAUGCCACAUCAACACUUCUCGUGACAGGUUCGGCAGACAACACUCUGCGUCUUUGGGAUGUAGCCAGCGGUCAGAAGCUCUUCGAGUGGGAGUUCCCAACGGCAGUGAAGCGAGUCGCCUGGUCCGAAGACUCUACUCAGAUCCUGGCAGUGACAGAAGCCCGCAUGGGCUACCGCGGUGCUCUGCGCACUUUCACCAUCAACCGGGACCCUGCUUCGCUCACAUCGCAAAGCAAGGAGCCAUCUCGUACCAUUACCUUCUCCGGACCAAAGGCUACCGUUGCAGCAUGGGGCUCAUGCGACGAGUACAUUGUCACUGGCCACGAAGACGGCAAGGUCGCACUGUACUACCACGACACCAAGGAGCCAGAGACCGGAAUCGACGCUGAGCUGGAGGAGCAGAGUCUGGCAGUGCACGAGGGUGUGAUCACAGACAUGCAGAUGAGCAGUGAUAGGUCGUUUGUCAUUACGUCUGGAAAGGACAAGACCGCAAAGAUUGUCUCUCUCAAGCCGCUGCAGAUCAUGAAGUACUACACUACCGAAACCCCGCUCAAUUCAGCAGCCAUCCAUCCUACAAAGCCCUAUGUCAUUGUAGGAGGUGGUCAAGAAGCCAUGAACGUCACAACAACUUCCGCUCGUCAGGGAAGGUUCGAGGCUCGAUUCUGGCAUAUCGUAUUCGAGGAGGAGGUGGCGAGGAUUCCUGGUCACUUUGGACCCCUGAAUACCAUUGCAAUUCACCCUACUGGAAAGGGCUACGCUAGUGGAGGAGAGGACGGAUAUGUGCGCAUGUACUGGUUUGAUGAGAGCUUCUUCCGUUCCAAGGUGUACGGCCCGGAGCUGGACCUGGCAGAGGAGGACCUGUAGAUGGCGCGGCAGUGGUCUAAUGUACGCAUCUUCACCCCGUCAUGUCUGCGUGUGAUUCAGAUUUGUGGUAAUUUCUCUCCCGCUGGCUGCGGUUAUAUGAAGAGUAAUACAGUAUUGUCACCCCACG